GGCUCUUUUGACAGCCAGUAGCAAUCCUUGUAUUCUUUCUCCUAAAAAUAACUAAUGGGUCCUUAGUAAGGACCCAUUAGCCCUGUGAGUGCUCUGUAGUUCUAGCCCUUGCCUUGAUGUGUUCGGGAAGCUGAUACAUGCCGCACAUCAGGAGGCCUGAAGCCAGUGAAGAGUGAAAAGUCAUCCUUCUGUGUGGGUUGUGCUGAAGGCCCGUCUCACCAUGGCCCUGACUCUUGAAACAGAAUCCCAGAUCUACCGCUCGCUCAGGGCUGUCUUUGGUGCUAUCGCACACCUCGUCUCACUUGGAUUUACAGUCUUUGUAGCUGUAAUUGCGAGACCUGGAUCAAGUCUGUUCUCCUGGCAUCCUUUCUUAAUGUCUCUAGCGUUUUCCUUACUGAUGACAGAAGCCCUGCUGGCUUUCUCUCCAGAGAGCUCUCUUCUCCGGCCCUUCUCCCGCAAGGCCAAGAUCCGCUUCCACUGGGCUUUGCAGCUGCUCGCCCUCCUCUGCGCAGUGCUGGGCUUGGCCUUCAUCAGCUACAACAAGUACAUCAAUGGGAAAGCCCACUUUGCCACCUGGCACAGCCUGACUGGCUUGCUUACUGUACUGUAUGCUAGUGUGCAAUGCAUGGGGGGGCUGGCUCUGCUCUACCCAAAGCUGUUAAAGAACUGGACGCUGGCCAAACUGAAACUCUACCAUGCCACAUCGGGGCUGAUUGGGUACCUACUUGGCUGUGCCAGUCUGAUGCUGGGCAUGUGUUCUCUGUGGUUCACCACAUCUGUGACAGGAGUCUCCUGGUAUCUGUCCAUGCUCAGCCCUGUCCUCACCAGCCUGGUUAUCAUGAGCCAGGUGAGCAAUGCUUACCUCUAUCGCAAAAGAAUUCAGCCAUGAGAGCCAUCCUGGAACAAACAUCCUGAGACACCUUGACUAUUUCUUGCAUUGCCUUUGAGUCCAUGGCCCUUCGAGGCACUGAAACGGGAUAAUUCCUUUUUACUUGCCUGUUGCUUUGUAUGGUCUUUUAUAAUCUAGGUUUCUGAUACUGCAAACGCCCCUAAUGUUGAACCCAAGGUCCUUGGCAGCUCCAGUAUCCAAGCAGUAUUUCCUUAUGUGUGAAUAUCUCUGGAGCUGUGUCCUUACAAGGGAUGAGUGUUAGCCUAGUUGGAAUCUGUUGCUGCUGGGAGACCAAUGUACCCACUGCUCAGGCAGAUUUCUGCCCAGCCAGCCAGCGGAGUCUAAAGGAGUCCCAUUCAGCAUGCAGACUUGCAACUCAUCUUAGCCUCUGCUCCUGUUUCUUUCCUACUGAUAAAGCAUUUUGGCUGUAUUAGUGGGAAACCAGUGGAAACUUGUAACAUUCCUUCUGUGUGAGCAAAGUGGUGGAAAGGGCUGGCAUCUCCCUUUUCAGAUACUUUUAUUAAAAAAUAAAUAAAGAUGAAGCUUUUUUAAUUACAUAGCUGACAUACUAUAUGGAGCGGGUA